AUGAAUAUCUACAAUUGGGAGAACCCGUCUCGUGCACCUCGCAAUAAGGCAAAAAAGACAGGGACUGUUGUCUUUCAUAAUGAUGAAGCGGUAGACCUUUCCUUUGAUCGUCUUAUGAAAGAAUAUCCAAUUGACAAUGUUGAUCACUCUACGGCAGAGGAUCAGACAUCUGUAAAGGGUCCCCUGAAGAAAGCUCCAUUGAUGACUACUGCAACAGCAAAAGCCAUUAUGAAGAAAAUGGGAUUUGCCACUCUUUUACCAUGUCAGGCUCAAUGCUACCGUGGCAUUUUUAACCGCCGUGAUGUCAUACUUCACAGCCGCACCGGAAGUGGAAAGACACUGGCGUACGCACUCCCUAUUAUUGAGCGACACACUAUAUUAGAGGUAAAUAGUUCCUCAUCUGUCACUCCUGGUCCAUUUCUUCUUAUAUUCGUUUUCAGUAAUGAGCUUGCUGUUCAGACGAAAGGGGUCCUUGAAAAGAUUUAUCCCAAAUUAAACAUUCGUGUCGCAGGAUUUGAAGAUCUCACCUCUCAACAGACUGACAUACUGAUUGGUACGGUGCGGUCAAUUGAUGUGGCCAUCCGUGGUACACGACAUGGCGACAAACGUGAAAAUGUGAAACGAAACCGUACGACUGAAGAAGAAGAAGAAAUAAAUAAAGAAACAGAGGAAGAAGAAGAAGAUCAGGUGGAAGAUCUCAAUGACGAUGGUGAUGAUGAUGAUAAUAAUAGUAACGAAGGAGAUGAAACCUCAACAGGAGGUGUUGUGAAAGCCUCUAACAUUCGGGCUAUUGUUGUGGAUGAGGUGGACCUGACGCUUGGACCGCGGUUUUCAAACAUUGGGCGUCGCAUGCGAAAUCUUCUCAAAUUCAUCCGCAAGGCAAAUGGUUCAUUAACGAAAGGUUUAAUGACAGACUUCCGCUCUCACCACUACGUGCUUUGUGGAGCUACAAUUCCCAACUGGGUGAUAAAGGCUGGUUUCCUUGGUGUUAAAAAGUAUUAUUACCAACUCGUAACAGUUGGAACAGCCAAAUUACCAGAUAAGCUUGAGUGCUUUACAAUGCAUUGUCAGUACAAAGAUCGAGUAGAAACAACAGUACGGUUACUUGGUAAAGAAGGUUUCGGACGUACAGUAGUUUUUGGUACCAGAAGACAAAUUGAGGAUUUGGAGGUUGCCCUUUCAACCAAUAAAGUAAAAUUGGCUUUUCGUUCAUUAAACCCAUCUAAGGAUGAACUUGACAGAAUUGCUGCUAUGGAAGAUUUCAACAGUAACACAGCCUCAGUGAUUUUGUGCACAGACCUUGCUGCUCGCGGUCUGGAUUUUGUGGAUGUGCAUAUGGUCCUAAUGUUAUCACUCCCAUCACAUAAUAUGUCCGUAGAGACUUUUGUACAUCGUGCAGGACGGACAGCACGUGCCCUCCACAGCGGUAAAUGUCUUUUACUUCAUGACGAACGUGAGAAAGAUGCACUUGAGGCUAUUCAAAAGAAUGCACAUGCCGUCUUGAGGAUGUACAUUCCUACAGGUACAAAAGGAAAAAAUGAUGGUACCACAAAAUCAGAUGAUGUUAAUGCACAAAACCUCAAAGCAGUAUGUGCAGAAAAAGUAUCCUUUGCCCUCACAGUAAGGAACCCAUUCAAAUAUACCAAACCUGAUGCGAUUGUACCUUCUGCCCUAGAAGUACUGAAAAAGAAUCUGGGAGAACUCUUUUCAAAUACCAGUGAUCUCAAUGAAGAAAAUGGUCCUGAAACAGUAACUUUUAAGUAUCCAGCAAGUGGGUCACAUGAAGUGAAACAGAAGUUGUGGAAAUUUGCAAUAAAAGAGAUUAUCUCAGAGCAAGAGGAGUAA